AUGUUGUAUUUUGUCAUUUUCAUAUUUAUUUUUUAUUUUAGAGCGCUGUUUGACUAUGAUAAGACCAAGGACAGCGGGCUCCCGAGUCAAGGGCUGAACUUCCAGUUUGGGGACAUUCUGCAUGUUAUCAAUGCCUCUGAUGACGAGUGGUGGCAAGCACGGCAGGUCACGCCAGAUGGAGAGAGCGAAGAGAUUGGAGUAAUCCCAAGCAAACGCAGGGUGGAAAAGAAAGAAAGAGCCAGGUUAAAGACGGUGAAAUUCAAUUCAAAAUCAAGAGACAAAGGGCAGUCAUUCAAUGACAAGCGUAAAAAGAACCUCUUUUCCCGAAAAUUCCCUUUCUACAAGAACAAGGACCAGAGUGAGCAGGAAACCAGUGACCUUGACCAGCAUGUAACCUCUAAUGCCAGCGAUAGUGAAAGUAGUUACCGUGGCCUGGAGGAAUACGUACUGUCUUACGAGCCAGUCACCCAGCAAGAAGUAAACUACUCCCGUCCAGUGAUAGUUUUGGGACCCAUGAAAGACAGAGUAAAUGACGAUCUGAUCUCAGAGUUUCCAGAUAAGUUUGGAUCCUGUGUUCCUCACACAACUAGACCACAGCGUGACUAUGAGGUGGAUGGCAGGGAUUAUCACUUUGUCACAUCUCGGGAGCAGAUGGAGAAGGACAUUCAGGAUCACAAGUUCAUCGAGGCCGGCCAGUACAACAACCACCUGUACGGAACCAGUGUGCAGUCAGUACGGGAGGUAGCAGAAAAGGGCAAGCACUGUAUCCUCGACGUGUCAGGCAAUGCUAUCAAGAGGCUACAGAUAGCACUGCUCUAUCCUAUUGCUGUUUUCAUUAAACCAAAAUCUGUAGAAAAUAUUAUGGAGAUGAAUAAGCGGCUGACAGAAGAGCAAGGCAGGAAGACCUUCGAGAGAGCCAUGAAACUGGAGCAGGAAUUCACAGAGCACUUCACAGCUAUUGUUCAAGGGGACACACUAGAGGAGAUAUACAACCAAGUUAAACAAAUCAUCGAGGAGCAGUCCGGCCCCUAUAUCUGGGUACCAGCCAAGGAGAAACUGUGAAUGCUGAUUUUCUUUUUCUUUUUCUUUUUUUUUUUUUUUUUUAAACCAACCUCGCCUGCUGCGUUCGAUGGCUCUCCACCCCUUCUUUCAGAAUCCACUUGCUCCCUGUGUGUGUGUCAUAUGGGACACAACCCCUUUUUUGUGUCUCAACAUCCUCUCUCACCUUUUUACACCAGUGUCUUGUCGAUUUUGAGACUGUGGUGUGGAAAUGAUGGGUUGGAUCACCACUGUCUUUCUACAGAGAAGGGGGGGAUAUGGCCUGGUCGGCUACAAAAGGAGGAUUCUAUGGUACAGUUCCUUAAUGUUUAAGGGCGGUGACUUUUUAGAAAUGCAUUAUAUAUAUAUAUAUUUUUUCUUUCUUUUAAAUUUGUAUUGUUUUCAUGCUAAAGGAAGGAAUAUACGGUCUCAUUUAUUGGUCAGAAAAACACAAAGUAAAAAUGUGCACGUUCUAGCUUUAAUAGCAUGGUUUGGACUUUAUGAUUUUAUUUUUUGCUGUCUAAAGUUUCUUCAGAAUCAUUUAUCAUAGCCUCCUUUCUGUUUUACAUGUUUUUUGUCUCGCACAACCUCAUAGAUCUGCCCAUUUUAAAAGGUUCAGGUACACGUCUGUUAAUUAUUUGUUAGAAUGUUUCUAAGCAGGUUCUUCUAACAUGAAUCAGUGUCUUAUCAUUAAACUGCUUUGUCACUAUGAUCAAUAGUAGAUUUAAUCAUUUUAGGUGCUUGGGAGGGUUCAUUUUUUUUUAAAUAAGGAAUGACUGGUUGUGUUAGUGGUGUUGAAAGUGUCACUUUUUAAAGUCCAUAUAUUAAUGGAAGAGGCUUUGGGCCAUAGCAAAAAAAAAAAAAAAAAAAAAAAAAGGAUUCUAUUGUACACAGUUAGAGAUUUAACAGAUAUUUGACCCUCAGUAAACUGCCUAUUUUGUUAUAAUAAAAGACUAUAUUGAACUUUACUUAACACUAGAAACUAUGGGAAUUAUUUUCUUUACAUAGUUACACACACACAUGUGUUAUAUUUAUAUAUAUAACAUUUUCCUUUACUUUUACCAACUCCUUUGGCAUUUUUGUUUUGCUUUUUAUGCAUAUACCUUUAGAGAUUUUCAUCCUUAAUCUGAAACAUGGGGUCUGGUGGUUGGGUAAAACAGUAUUUGGUAUAAAGCUGUCGCAAAUUAAGUAACAGUGACAGCUAGUUGUCCUCUUUUCCUCCCAUGUAAGUUCAAUGUGAGGUUUUUCAUGUGACGUGCAUGUUUUUUAACUAGGGUAAUUCUAAAAAAAAAAAAAAAAAAAAAAAAGGAAA